AUGCUCUUGGCACCGCUUACUUUACUCGCUGUUGCCUCUGUCAUCCUCGGGAGAGAAUAUCCUCAAGUUCCGCUCACACCUCCGUAUCGUCCGCUCGUCUGGAGUGAUUUCAACGUGAUCCACACUACGGAUACACACGGAUGGCUCCUCGGACACCAGAAGCUUUCUUUUCCAGAGCCCGAUUAUAGCGGAGACCUUGGUGAUUUUUCUAGCUUUGUCGCGCAUAUGAAACAGAUUGCCAUUGAAAAAGAUGUUGAUCUCCUGCUUGUUGACUCUGGUGACUUGCACGAUGGCACUGGUCUCUCAGAUGGCUUCCCUCCAGGCGGCGUAGAUGCUCAUGAUUCCAAUAAAUUUAUGGAAAUGCUUCCGUACGAUGUUAUGUCUAUCGGAAACCACGAGUUGUAUAUCUAUGCAGACACGCUUGACAUGUACAACAACUUCAUUCCGAAUCUGCACGGCCGGUACCUCUCCUCUAACGCCAAUAUCACUGUCUUCAAUGAGGAGGGUGAACCUGUCAGUGUACCUAUUGGCAACCGCUUUACCAAAUUUACCACGAGAAAGGGUCGACGCGUCACUUCCUUAGGUGUUCUCUACGAUUUUACGGGAAAUGACGUAAAUACUACUGUGCAGUUUGUAGAAGAUAUGGUCAAGGAACAAUGGUUUGCAGAAGCCAUUGCUGAAGAGCCUGAUCUAUUUGUUCUUGUAGGACACAUGCCAGUAUCGUACGACCAUUGGCCCACUGUAUUUGACGCAGUCCGUGCCGUGCAUCCUUUGGCACCUAUUCUGAUCUUCGGAGGACACACGCAUAUACGAGACUGCCAGCAGUAUGACGGACGUUCUAUGGCGCUUGAGAGUGGACGCUACAUGGAGACGAUUGGUUGGAUAGGUGCGGACCUUGAUGCUGCCAAGGGUAACGCGAACAACAUUUCUUUCACAAGGAGAUAUAUGGACCAGAAUCGUGUUACUUACGAGUAUCACACUGGCCAGAGCAAUUUUACUUUUGACACUUCUGAGGGUCGAAACAUCACCUAUGGCUUGCAGGAACUCGCCGUUGCAUUCGAUCUAGCAUAUAUGUAUGGAACAUCUCCACAGGAUUACACCAUCAACGAAAAUCCUUACCCAUCUAAUGGCUCGCUGCUGUCUUUAUUCAUCGAAGAUGCCGUCCCAGUUGCCCUUGCCAUCAACAACACACGUGCCUCGAUCCCCAACAUCAUGAUCACCAAUUCCGGUUCUCAGCGCUUCAAUAUCUUCGCUGGGCCUUUCACCAAGAACGAUCAACUCACCGCAUCGCCAUUCACCGACUCAUUCCUCUACAUCCCGAACAUCACCUUCGGUGUCGCAAGCCAGGUUCUCCCUGCGCUGAAUCAGGCUGGCGCUGACGAACGCCGUAAGCGAAGCGAGUGGGAUACCGAGCUGUGGGCCAAAGGAUACGUGGAUAUGCGCUUCCGUGCAUGGCGGGAGGAGAUGGAUCGGAGAGCUGGUAUUUCGCGUCGUGAGUCGCAGAACCUAACGUUGGGUUACGUGACACAGGAUGGAUGUCCCGGCGCUGGUGACGAUACAUUACAUACCCCACUCCCGUACUAUUCUGUCCCGGACUUCAUUGGCAGCAAUAAUCCUAAUGUCACGGACGACACUCCUAUCGACCUUGUUUUUGUCGACUUCAUCGAAACGCAGCUGCUGGGUAUUUUGAACGGGCUACAGAGCGGGAAGAACUACACUAGUGCUGAUGUUGAUCUGUAUAGUCCCAUUCUUUCUAACGAGGCGCUUGGGCUGUAUGCACAGGCGAUGUGGAACUGAACGUGUGUGUAGUAACGAUCGUCAAUGUUAUAAUAUCAUCUCUGUCGCACUUUC